CUAGGUGGCUUUCAUAUUAAUCACGUCAUUUGUUUUGUUCACUUCUCAGGCCUUCUGUACCAGUGAGUGCAAAGGCUAUCUAUCUUUAAAUAUUUAGACACAGUUAUGUUGAUAUAAAAACGAUAAAAUUUAUAGUACAAAGUCAUAAUAGCUGCUUAAAGUAACCGUAUAUAUAUUGUUUUCCUCGGAAGAAUCGUUUUUUUCCCGCUAUGUUUACUGCAGUUGUCACUUUCUGUUUGUUUGCGGUGGUUGCUAUAGGAAAGGAGAAUAAUGAAGUGAAACCUUCCAAGAAUCAUUACCACUUACAUGGACAGUGUUUGACUGGUUUAAGAAAUCAAAUUGAUGAAGAAAUGCAUGCUAGUCUUGCCUACAUGGGCAUGUCAGCUUAUUUUGACAAUAAUAAAGUUGGUAGAAAAGGUUUUGCCAAGUACUUUUUGGAAAAUUCUAAAGAAGAAAGAGAACAUGCUCAAAAACUGAUUGAUUACGUCAAUAGACGAGGUGGCCAAAUUGGUGUGUUUAACAUCAAGAUGCCAUCUAAUUAUACUUGGAGAAGUGGUUUGGAUGCAAUGGAAGAGGCCUUGAGAUUGGAAGAAUCUGUAAAUAACAAAUUACAUCAUUUGCAUGGUUUAGCAGAGAGACCUUGCAAAGAUCCACAUUUGAUGGACUUUUUGGAAAAUGAAUAUUUGACUGAACAGGUGGAGUCUAUCGACGAAAUAAAUACUUACGUCACAAAGUUGAGACGCAUGGACAGUGGAAUGGGAGAAUAUUUGAUAGAUCGUGAACUUUCUGGUGAAAAGAUGGAACUGUAGUUUUUCUCUUCUUGGUGCAUUGUUAGUAUGAUAUAUAUUUAAAAUAAUUCUUUCUCACAAGAUUUAAUAUUUGAAAAUUACUCAAUUUUAUUUUUUGGACAAUUUUUUCUUUACAUUUAGUUUCUUUAUCAUUUAUGUUCAAAAAUAUAUUUUUCUUAAACAUUCCUAUGAUGAGAAAUAUACAGCUCAUUCUUUUCCACCCUAUAUUUUCCAUAAUUCUAUAACAAUUACACAUGUAAGAAAAUACCUUGUAAGGUUUCUUAAUGCAUAUCAGAUAUCAAAAAUAAUUCAAGUCAUUUUAUUCUUAAGUUUUGCCAAAGAUCUAUGUAUUGGUAUUCAUGUAAACAGCAAAACAAGAGUAUAUUAAGUUUUUUUUUUUUUUUUCAUUUAAUUAUAUGACAAUAUAUACUUUUAAUUCAUAUAAAUCCUCAAGUGUAUAACUCACUCUUUCUCCAUAUAUUUUUAAUUAGCAAACUUUCUAAAAUUUUUAGAUAAAUUGUAGCACAAUGCUCCAUAUACAAUAUUAGAUAGAUAAAAAUGUAUUUGUAAAUGUACAAAUAUAUAUACAUAUAUACACAUAAAUAUAUUUGUUUAAUGCUACUUAUCGUUCACAUAUUUCCUAAUUGCCUUCAUAAAAUUAAAAUAUAAGUGAUGAUAUAAAUUUCAAUCUUCGGUCGUAUAAUUUGUAUCCAUUUUAUAUUUUGAUUCCUUCACUCAUUUGUAAUCUAAAUGUUGCGUUGCCAAUCUUUUUAUUUUAAAAAAUGUAAAACACUACUUAGUAACAAUUUAUUAAAACUGAAAAGAUUUUACCCUUAAGAACUUUUUAGUCUAUAAAAUAUUUUUUAUAAUGAAUAAUACAUAAAUUUACUUGAUUCUUUAAUUAUUGUACAUUAGAAAAUGAUCAAACUGUUCAGAAAAACUAUAAAAUGAAAAAAUUGCAUUAAAGUUAGAAUUCUGUCUACGAAUUUCUGCCGAUAAUAAAUUGCAGAUUAAUCAUUAUAAGCUGUUCAGUGAAAAUUAUGUAUUGAUAGAAACAGCUGAGAAUACGAGAAAAG